AUAAAGUCACCAUCAUUGAAUUGGCAAGGCUGUGGCUUUGUCCACUAAGUCUGGAAUGUCCUGCAUUAUUUACCUUAGAGGUGUUACUUAAAUUUUAGUAGUUAGUAUGUAAAAUAACUCCAUCGAUGUAUUUGCAGAUCAUUACGUAAUAACUCGAAGAGUAAAAUCAUUUGAUCCUAAAGGUAGUGUAAAAUUCUUCCAUGAUGUCAUGCGUGAAUUGAAGCAAGACAGGUUAAUUGUACAUAGACAUGAGACACUGCUACAACGCACUCCCUUCCACUACAUACUCCAAUUCCCAUAUUUAGAACUCAACCAUUCCUUAUUGCUCGAGCUACUUGAUCAGUAUGAUAAAUCUGAUAACUGCUUUAUCAUUGCCGGACAUCGCCUUGAGUUCAAAUCAGAAGACAUUGCACUUAUAUUUGGUCUUCCAAAUCAUGGAAAAGCAGUUAGGCUAAAGUCUAACGCCAACAAGGAUUUCUAUCACCGCAUAUUUGACAAGGAAGCAAUAACUCGAUAUGAAAUUGUUUACCAUUUGAGGAGGUAUGCCAUGGACCAGUCUGAUGAUGCUGUUGAGGUUUUUGUGGUUCUGCUCAUCGGAUUAUUUAUCAGUACAGUCCUCUUACCAUCAAGCAAUGCAAGUAUUGUUUCAACCUUAUGGAGUUGUGUUGAACAAAUUGAUCAUAUUUACGAUUAUGCAUGGGCACCUCUUGUGUUCCGAGAACUGCUUGUUGAGAUCAAUCGUGCGAAGAGCGACAUGGAGGAUGAAGAUGCUUCUGAUCACCUUUCUGAUUAUGCAUAUGGGGGUUGCUUUCUUGCAUUGCAGCUAUGGAUAUGUGAGAUUGCUUGCCUGGGAAAAGCUGAAAUACAAGGUUGUUGUCCGAGAAUUUUAGGUUGGGAAAGAAACAACAUGGAUGGAAUUUUAGAGCAAUUCAGGCUUUUGCAACCAUCUGAUAUAAGAUGUGGAAUAAAUCCACUUGAGUCAGAGCGCCACCUUAUUGAUAGCGAUGUACUACUCCCAUUUGGCGAGCAAGUAGGUCAAGUGUCUUUCCCCUAAAUUUUUUCAAAAGGAUGAUCGAGAUGCACACGAAUGGCAGAUGCAACCCAGCACUUUGAGCAAUUUGAAUGAUGAAGAAGGCACUGAACAAUCAAUAUCAUACAAGGAUGAACAUGAGCUGGAAUUACUUCGUCAAAUUAGUGCCGAGCAGGACAAAAGGAUUUUGAGAUUGCAGGGAGAGUUGAAUAGACUUAAAUCACAAAAAUUUGAUCAUUCUAUACCAGAAGAAUCAGGUACGAAGGUUGUAGAGUCAUUGAAGGAUGAUUAUAGAAUUAUGCGCCAACAAUCUGACAGGAACAACCAACAUUUAAAGCUACAUAAUCCUAGAGUUUCCACCUUUAACAACAUACAUGUGCAAGAGGAACAAGGCGGAACUUCUGUUAUUUCAUAUGACAAUGGAUCCAUUGAAAAAAAAGUGAAGAAAAUAGUUGAAAAGCGGCCAACAAAUCAUUCUCCAUUUGCUUCCUCUUCCAUUCAAACCAAGCCUAAAGAUAUAGAGUAUUCUCACUCUGGCCUCACUGCAAGAGCUAAGCUUCUAACGAGCAAAAGCCUAAAAAAUGCAGCUGUGAGGUCUCCUCGCCCAACCGUGCAACUUUCAGAAGGAGAACAUGCCUCAAUUGAAAAGGAAUUAAAGAAGAGGGGUGAGAGACAACCAUCGAAUGUACGACCUUCUUCUUCUAUUCAAGCCAAGAGAAAAGAAUCAAUAAAUGAUCAAUCUGGAAUUAGUACGAGUAAGCAUACUGCAUCGCGUAGUAAAUCAAAUUUCAAGACCCGAGUCAAUCCCCGCGCCAGUUUCCAUGAGGAUAACUGAGCAGAUGAGAUACAUUUUUCAAAAAUAAUUUGUUUGCAGUGUUAUUAUGACUGGCAAAUUUGUUAAUGAUACAUGCCUGACAGAUAAAAAAAA